ACAAAGCUUCAAAUCUCAUGUUUAGACAAGACGAAAAUGAAAGCCUGGUGGAUACUUCUUUUGUUUGCCAUCACAAUAGAAUUGAAUAACAAACUUUGUCAUGCCAAAGGUGAUUUGAGUGAAAACAGUAACGAAAGCAAAGGUGAUCGGAGUAAAAAUAGUGGAGAAAGCAAAGAGGAUACGAAAGAAAACAGCGGUGAGAGCAAAGGUGGUCGGAGUGGAAAAAGUGCCGAAAGCAAAGGUAAUGGGAGUGGUAAAAGUGGCGAAAGCAAAGGUGAUCGGAGUAAAAACAGUGGCGAAAGCAAAGGUGGUCAGAGUAAAAUCAGUGGCGAAAGCAAAGGUGAUAUAAGUAAAAACAGUGGAGAAAGCAAAGAAGGGAGCGGAGCAUGCCAGUAUGAUCUAAUUUUUGUCCUCGAUAUUUCAUCUUCACUUGGACCUAGUGGGUUUGAAAAGACAAAGGACUAUGUAAUUGAAACAAUCAACAAAAAUAAAGUGGGUCCUGGGCAAACUCAGAUUGGAAUAAUAACAUUUUCGGAUGAUGCUAAAAUGGAUAUACCACUGAAACAGUACAAGAAAAAAGAUAAACUGAUAGAAGCCAUUAGAAGCAUCCAAUGGAAGGGUGGUGUAACUAAUACUUUCAAAGGUCUAAAUGUAUUACGACUUGAAGGUUUUACCAAGAAAAAUGGAUAUCGCAAAAAGAUGGAAAAAAUUGGUAUCUUAGUCACAGACGGGAAGUCCACAAAUGAACAGAAAACACACUCCGAGGUGGAAUUAUUGGAAUUUGAGGGUAUCAAACUGUUUACCAAGGGCAUAAGUGAUGACAUCGACGAAGAAGCACUAAGAACCAUUGGUGAUGAAGUCCCAGAAAUAGACUGCUUAUAAUUCAACAUCUAGUUAUGUGACCGGUACAUGUUAUACAUGCGUUUAUAAUUAAAACAUUUUUGAAUGGAGUAAAACAUACAAGCAGAAUCGUUUCAAUAUUGUCAGCUAAGUGAGUUGAAAAAUAAAAGCAAAUAAAUUCAAAUGAAAAUUUAA